AUGGAAUCUCUUGCGUCAGAAACGGAGCUAUCGCCAGCAGCGUCUUACCCUCCUAAUGACAGCAAGUGGGAAAUCUUUGCACGUAACUAUCGUGUGACAGAGUUUGUUCUUUCUAUCUUUAUGUAUGGCUUCGCCUUCUUCUUUGCCACGAUUCAAGUCGCACAACGUGAGAUCCCAAACAUUGAGGUGCAGCUGAACUCGACAAUGUCCAUAUGGGCCCGAGAUCCGACGAUCAACCAGAAAGAGCUGGCACAGCAAGUUCCCAUGACCGCUUUGAUCGGUGUGGGAGCAUUUGCACCGCUUCUUAUUAAUCUGUUCAUCAACUAUGUCCUGCCCAAGUUUCACAAUGUGCGUGUCAUCGCGCACGACACACGUGAUUUUCUCUUGACGAUCGUUCUGUCGACGAGUAUGGCUACACUGCUGACACAAUUCACCAAGAACAUGACGGGACGCUUUCGCCCGUGUUUUUAUGAUAUGUGCAAUUGGAAUUACGAUGUCGUGUGGGACGGUGUGACUAAUCUUUGUCAAAACCCAUCAGGCGAGAAGGAAGGACGCAAAAGUUUCCCGUCCGGACACGCAUCUUUUGCAUUCGCGACGAUGCUUGUUCUUACGCUUUACUUGCUUGGGCGAUCAUCUAUAAACUGCGCAAACCGAAGCGAAACGAUUAUGCGAGGUGGACGCAAGAUGUUGAAGCUAUUUCUCUGCUUCAUCCCAACUUUUUUGGCUUCGUGGGUCGCUGUGACGCGUUCGAUCGACAACUGGCAUCACUAUGCUGACAUUCUGGCAGGCAGUAUCAUUGGGGCCGUUUCCGCAUGCUUAGCGUACAGCUAUAACUACGCCUCGAUUUUCCACAGCAAACAUGCUGGCGUCCCUUGGCAAGGCUACCAUGCGAUCUCUAAGGGAAAGCAUACUUCCAGUAAUAUUGGCAUCACAUACUCUAGCAGCGGGAACUUUGGCCAAGAAGGCGGACUAGUCAAGCCGCCAGCUGCGCACAAUGACUAUGUCGUGAACGUUCACAACCGCAUUAAUGCUGGUAAUUAA